AUGUCAUACCUCUUUUAUCAUUAUUUCGGAUUUUGUCGAGUCAAGUACGCCAGUUACGAAAAUAUUAUCGUUGCUAAUGCUAAUCCCUUAGGCCUCAGCUCACUACCCGAGAUACCCCGGAACCCAAGGAUUGUCGACGCCAGCGGACAUAUGAACUGGCAUCGUGAACGGGGUGGGCCUGCUUUAUGGUCGUUAAGCCUGUCUCAGCAGAUAGUUCUUCUGCAAAUCUGCGUUUUUCACAAAGCCUCCUACAAGGAACCGCGAGGCAAUUCAGAUUAUUGGAAACGUGUUUGUUCUCACUUUUGGGUGAUCUCGAGUUGGAACUGGAUUCGAGUCAGAAAUUUCGUGCAGAACAAGAUCCGUCAGUACCGUACAGAUCCUCUCCGAGUGCCCGACAACGCUGAGGGUCAAACAAAACAACUAUUGGGUGAAUUGGUUGCCCACAUAGAUCUUAUCAACGAUCCGAUUCACCAAACAAAUGUGGCCCAAUUAGCUAUGAGUUGGUGGAUUCCAGGCUCUCAACGCCAGAUAACAAGUCAUCCUGGGCAAGGCGCUGCGAAGCGAAAAGCCUCGGAGGCUGGGUUUGAUGAUGAGGUCAAUUCGGGUGAGGAUUUGCCUACAGCUCGUGGUUCGCGACGGCGGCAUACCAGCCCUGGUGGUUCUUCUGCGAGCACGCCCCCUCAAGCUCUUUCUGAGAAGAACUCUGACCAAGAUCUCAUUGCGAAGAGCAAGGAAGCAGAAGAGCGCCGUGACUUUGAUGAGGCCAAGUCUCUGUUGCUUCAGAUUUCGAACAAGACAAUCUUUGAACCACUCCUCGAGGAAUUAGAUAUGACUCGCGAAAUCCAACUCCAAACCAACAACGAAUUUGCAAGGCAAGCCAAGAAAGCCGAGUUAAAGGGUGACUGGGAAACGGCCAAGUCUCUACUGUCUCGUAUUGUGAGCGAUGAUGUUUGUUUCCUUCUCUUGGCAUUGGAGUACAGUCGAACACGACUAGAAUGGGAAAGUAUCGAAGCAUAUGAAUUAAUUGAGCAGCUCAAGAAGGAAUACCCCGAUCCACGCCUUAGGCAAGUGGAGCUUGAACAGGAGGUUGCGGAAUCAAAAAUGAUUGGAAAAGACGAUAGGCUCGAUCAUUAUCGUGGGUUGUUUCGUGCCAACAAAAACAAGAUCGGCACCCUCUGGCAUGAACCCGAUGAUUUUCGCAAAGUAUUUCAGAUGAUGGCCGCAGAUAUGCAACAUGCUCGUGACAAGGCAUGGUAUGCACAUCCACCUCGAGCCAAGAAGACAGUACUUCAAUCUCAAUCCCAAGCUCGAGCUCGACCUCAAUCUGAUUCACACUCUUAUUCUGUUCCUGGGCUUAGACCUGAGGCAGGAGCUCAAUCCCAAUCCCAAUAUCAACCUUUGCAACCGGAUGUGACUGAAGAACUCCGCUUGCUACAAAGGGCACGGACACGAGCCCAACCGCAACCUCAAUCUCAGCGAUGGGAUAUGAUCCGAGAACUCUACUUGAUAAAAAAGGCACGGACAGAGCUAUCUAAUGCGCAGGCCAAGGCCAAAGCUCUCCUACGCCUUGGGUCGAGCCCCGAAUGCAAACAAGUCCUCGCAGUAUUGGAGCGCGAGGAAAGAGUGACUUUCGACAGUUUUGAGGAGGCUCAAACUGCGGUUGAGAUCCAGGUUGAUGAUGCAUCGGAUCAGCGGACACCCUGA